AAGACAAUAACAACCGCACAGAACAAUCUCUUGAGUAUCCAAUUGACAGUCAAGAAGACUACGAACCGGUAGCCGAUAUAUUGGAGGAAACGGGUCUCAAUGUUCGCAAUUUUGAUUAUUACGUUAUGACCGUCAAAUCAAAGACCAAAUAUACUACAAGUACACAGACUUCACUUUACAACAACAAUAAGCGGCCAAAAGGGUUGAUAGCCGGACCAGCAGGCGAUGGCCAGUACGGUGCAGGUGAUGGUGGUGGUGGUGCCGAACCCAAGAAAUCCAACGUUACGAUGAUUAUCGUUGGUGUCACAGUGGCCACAGUAGUGGUGGUCGCCCUAAUCGGUGCGGUCGGCAUAUACUUGUUUACCCGACAGUCGGGCGUCAAACUGAAAAAGCGGGCGCUCAACAGCCGAAAGUCGCUCGACUCCAUUAUGACAGUGGCCUCCGAUACUGGCCGACCAGUGAGUCCGCCGAAAUCGGCGCCAAAAAAGGCGAUCACACCUAACAAAAAACCAAAGGCUGGCAAAUAAUCCGGUGUUUUUGCGUUUGUAUGAGUUGUCGAAAGAUUUAUAUGAAGUCUUUUC